AGAUCCUGAAACACACAGGUAGAUCACGACAGCGCAUGUGAGGAUCAGAGAAAGAUUAUUGGAUUUAGACUACAUAUUUACCGGUUAACUGCUUAAAUAUUUCAUUUUGUGAAUAAUUUAGACGCACUAAAGGAUUCAGAGAGGAGUUGUGAUUUGUUGGAAAGCCCUCCGUCGACGUCGCUGGAUGUUUUAACGCCAACAUGGAUCACUUGUAUCGGGGCGUGUGUGGGUAACACAAAGCUGUCACCGACUGAAGACCUGAAGUAUUUUGAUUAAGGAAAGUUUGGCCAGGUUAUGCUGAUGGACCAGGACACUCAGUGGCUGUACUCACUCCUGACUGAGGUCCAGCUGGAGAAGUUCUACCUGCGCGUCAGAGAUGGACUCAACAUCACGCGCAUCGAUCACUUCGCCUACGUGAAGGAGAGCGACCUGGAGAGUAUCGGAAUCAGCAAACCUGCUCAAAGAAGACUAUGGGAGGCUCUAAAACGCUUCAAGAUAAAAUCACGAUCGCGGCUGCCGAAGCAAUUAAGUCAAGGUCAGGACGGGCCGGAGCAGCUGGGUGGAGGCGUGCCGGCUCAGAUUCAGGAUGGGGGGAGCCGUGCUCUGCCCUGUCUGAUCCAGGACAGCGAGCUGACUCUGGGAGAGAAGCUUGGCUCGGGGUCUUUCGGGGUGGUGAAGAAGGGAGAGUGGCACACACCUACUGGGAGAGUGUUGCCUGUAGCAGUAAAGUCCCUGAGGAGCAGCGCGUCCAGGCAGACGGACUCACUGACCGACUUCCUCCAAGAGGUGACCACCAUGCAGUCGUUGGACCACCCCAACAUCAUCCGCCUCUAUGGUGUGGUGCUCACACAGCCCCUCAAAAUGGUAACAGAGUUGGCCCCCUUAGGCUCGCUGUACGACACUCUGCGCUCACGUCAGUACCAGUACCCUCUGGUCCGCCUCUGGCUCUUAGCCACUCAGAUUGUGGCGGGGAUGGAUUACCUGGAGACCAAAAGGUUCAUCCACAGGGACCUAGCUGCGAGGAACGUGCUGCUGGCAUCCAGGGAGAUGGUGAAGAUCGGGGACUUUGGCCUCAUGAGAGGCUUGAGCCAGGAGGCCGAUCACUACAUCAUGGCAGCACACAGGAGGAUCCCGUUUGCAUGGUGCGCUCCAGAGAGUCUCCGUAUCGGCUCGUUCUCCCACGCCUCCGACGUGUGGAUGUUUGGUGUCACCCUGUGGGAGAUGUUCACCUACUGUGAGGAGCCCUGGUUCGGUCUGUCAGGCAGACAGAUUUUGUGGCGUGUGGAGCGGGAAGGAGAGCGCCUGGAGAAACCGCCGGAUUGCCCCCAAGAGCUGUACGCUGUGAUGAGGAAGUGCUGGGCCUGCAAUCCGAACGACAGACCCACCUUUGCUCAUCUUUCUACGAUGGUUGCAGAGGCUAAACCAAUGGAGGUACAAGCAACCAGAGACUUUGCUGAACCCAGGAAACUCGCCCUCGUGGCCAACGACCUUGUGACCGUCAUAGACCAUGGUCUGGAGUUGUGUGAGUGGAGAGGUCAGAACCACAGGACGCUAACAGUCGGCUGGUUUCCUGCCAGCCUCUCUGUGCCUGUUCUCCCUCCUGCUGUCGCCACUGGCAACGCUGCACCCAACGCUGCUUCAAACACCCCCCACAUCUCAGUCCCACUAAGGGGCAGCCUGCAACACACCGGGCAUGGAGACAUCAAACCUGAUCGCACCUGGGGAACACCUCAGGGCCUGGAAGAGAAUAACAGCUGGAGGCUGAGGGAGAAGGAGGGAACCAAUCUGCAGAAAAUGGCAGGAAUGUCUCUGAGCCUGGAGUCCGUCCUGAGCGGACAACGUCCUCGGGCUCACACAGUAGGCGCGUUCCGAGUGGAUCACCAGGGCCGACUGCUGCCCCUCGUAAUGGGGGCUCACAGUAUGGAGAUGCGGAAGGACCCACGCCGCUUCAGCGAGGCCAGCCUUGCCCCCCCUCCCCGUCCACCGCCUCCCAACUUAAAGCACCUGAAAAUGAAAGCACAGAGGAGGCCCAGCAUUCAGCCUCUCCCUGGGACCCCAUGGCCUCCACAGGUGGUCAUGCCCCCUCCGGCGCAGACUCAACCUCCACCCCAGCACCUACCUCAACCUCAGCCGGGCAUCGGGGGUUCAAACCUGCCUAAAAUGUCCAACAUGGCACGCUCGACCCCGCAGUUGGAUGACGUCACGGACAGAGAGAGGGAACGAGUCAGAGAAAGAGACAAGUCACCUCAGAUGCACACCACGAGGGACAGCCUCAUCGCACAGGUUAUGGAGGCCGUACAUGGAGCGACCGUUGAAGAGGUUCAUGUUGCACUUCAACGGAAUGACUGGAACCCUGUGAGAGCCGAACAACAACUCAAGUUGGAGCAGCUGUACUCGCUGAGCCUCUGCUCCAGAGAGGACUGUCUUAAGAUCCUCUCCAGGUACCAGUGGAACCUGCAGUUGGCCAGCCGCUACCUGAUCCGAUGGUCACGGGACGACAGACAAGGAACUGGAGAGAGGGAGCGACCCCAAAUUAACAAUGAAAGACGCGUCUGAGGGGAUCUUUCAGGCUGAUGUCCCCUUACUGUAAAUAAACGAGGGCUGACUUCUUAGCAACAUCUUGACACACUCUUACACCAGAGAGACCCACUUUCAUCGUCCAGCUCGAUGAGGGGAACAGCUGGGAGGUCAGAUGCAUAGACUACUGUAGAUGGUUGAAUGUCAAAAGAAAACAACUUUGAAACACAUGAAAUGAAAAGAAGACAAUGUUUUAGACUCUGUUUUUUAUACUUUCAUAAUACACUAUCCAGCACAUUAUGUCUUUUCUUGCAAAUAGUUUUUGUACUUUAAUACAUUUGUAAAUACUGUUUUAGAAAUUGUUUUAUUGAAUAAAAGUGAUGAUCUGGUCUUAAUAUGAA